AUGCCUACAAAAAUUGGCCAGUUUAAAUCGGGCUGGUCUAAAAUGAGAACAAUUUUUGUUUUUUUGCUCAUUGUUGGUGUGGCCCUCAGUGCCCCUGCAUACCGGAACCGAUUGCGCUAUCAUGUCAACGCGCAACCCCGAAUGGAAAAGCGUUCCGAGACGGAAAAAGAGUCGAUGAUUCACUUCAAAGAAACCGGUCGAAUCGACACUGAGUCCGCGAAACGGGAAUUGACCUCGAUGCCGCAAGAU